UCCCCAAUCGUUCCCACAACCCACAACACACCCUCAUCCCACCUUCCAGCAACAACCAAUCUUUCGACACACCCCCUACCUACUAAGCAAGAUGGUCGCCUCCCAGAUGUUCAUCGGCACUGCCGCCACCCUCAUCGCCUCCUCAACUGCCUUUGUCGGACCGAUGGCCAUGCGAUCUGUUGCCAGUACUCCUUCCUCCCCGGGCCUCAAGAUGAGCGCCGGUUCGGACUACGUCGCAACUCUGCCCGGAGCUCCCUUCUCUGACGGAAAGAUCUUCGACCCCCUGGGCCUAUCGGACGGCGCCGCCCCCGGCGACAUCAAGAAGUGGCGCGAGGCCGAGAUCAAGCACGGGCGCGUGGCCAUGCUUGCGUCCCUCGGUGUAAUCGUCGCAGAGCAAUACCACCCUUUCUUCAUGGGCCCCGACUACAUUGGCCCCGCCGUGGACCACUUCCAGGAGAUCAGCGCCCAAUUCCCUGAGUUCUGGGCGUUCUCCCUCCUGGGCAUGGCCUUCAUCGAGUACAACACCAUCAUGACCGCCUUCGACACCCCCAGCGCUGUCACCGGCGAGGGCGGCCUGAAGGAGGACUACAUGCCGGGAGACCUCGGCUUCGACCCCCUCAACCUCAAGCCCGACGACGAGGCGGCUCUGGACGUGAUGAAGACCAAGGAGCUGAACAACGGCCGUUUGGCCAUGAUCGGCAUCGCCGGCAUGUUGGCGCAGGAGCUGGUCAACCCGGCCGAUAUCCUCGGCUAGAAUGUUCGACUUUGUCGGCUGGGAUUGUCUGGGCGUAUGAAUCAAGUGUGUUUGUUGGUGUGCUAUUGGGAGUGUUUAAUGCACCGGUCUGGUCCGAGAGGAGGAAGGUAGUUGGGAGGUGCCACGUACCUUGUGGUGCAGUCUUCUCGCGAUGGUAGAUACUGGUGUGAAUCGGGUGUUCGCUAAUGCGUAAAUGUCCGUCUGUAUUUACUUCUGUACCGGUUUGGUGCUGAGUGUCGACGAUUCGGCUAGCCUUAGAUUCGGCAUUUUUGUAUCCACCGAUUGCGAUGUCGGCGGAGGACAGAAACGGUGUCACCCUUGUCAAUGUCAUUAUGAUGAGAACUUUUGCUUGACCUUGUUUAGGCAAUCCCGCCCAGGCUAACGAACAAGUUUUUGUUGUUUUACUUGGCCAUUUGGCUGUUUGGUUUUUGAAAGUCCCUCUACGAUCUUACUUUGCUGCAUGAACUCGAAAGGUCGAGCUGGGAUGCGACAAUAGAGUACGUGAAGCAUGCAGUUUCACGCGCCAGAAUGUCGUGUUUGCGAGUCUGACUUUGACGUGUGUGGUAACAAGAGAAUGGCAGCACGUUCAGGGUUGUAGCUAAUUUUUCGUACAUACUUGCCUCCUCUUGGUUUGAUCGUCGGGAGUAUAUUUUAUAGGAGCUCGUGAAGGUAUUUGUUGUAAUAGAUGAUUUGUGUAAAGUGGAGUGGUUGUUUCUUUUUGUCGCACCUGGCACCGAUGUCCCACUUUGUAUCCUGCGUGCAGUGGUGUCCGAGGUGUAUCGCAUCGAGAUGGUGUGCUACGCCCCGAGUGCAUUUUGUAGGGUGUUUGGAUGUCGUCAAGUGACAACGUCUCGACUUUGUCAUGCAGAGUGAAUGGCGUCGGCGAUAUAUAGUGCUUUUGUGAUACGAACAAUCGAAUACAAACUUGACGAAAACGUCCAUGUCACGUGAUACCUUCUGGUGACACUACAUCACGGUCAAUGGUUGAGGGGCGAGAUACCUACCCCCAGGCGCCACCAGCCGUUGACACCUACUGGCGG